AUGGCACUUGAUAAGCCAAAUAAAGAUUCGUCAACACCCUUUCGGGUUAUGCCCGAUCAGAGUACAGACUAUCGAAUCGUUGUUUUUGGUAGUGCUGGAGUUGGUAAAACAAAUUGUGUACUUCGUUUUGUAAACGGACAAUUUCGUGAAAAUUAUAUUCCAACAGUUGAAGAUACAUAUCGACAAGUUGUAUCUUGUAAUAAACAAAUAACAACUUUACAGAUAACUGACACUACCGGUGCACAUCAAUUUCCAGCUAUGCAAAGAUUAAGUAUACAAAAAGGACAUGCAUUUAUAUUAGUUUAUUCUAUAACAAGUAAACAAUCAUUUGAAGAAUUAAAACCAAUAUAUGAUCAAAUACGUGAAAUAAAAGCUGAACAACAAAAUGAAACACCGAUUUUACUAAUGGGUUGUAAACUAGAUGAAGCAGCAUGUCGUGAAGUAACAGAAAAUCUUGGUAAACAAUUAGCAGCACAUUGGUCAUGUGCAUGGAUUGAAACAUCAGCUAAAACAAAUUCAAAUAUACGUGAAGCAUUCCAAGAACUUCUUAAAUUAGAUAAAAAAAGACAAUUUAAUUUUAAUGUUGAUCAAGAUGGACAUUUAAUUGAAGAUAAUAGUAAUACACCAGCUCCUUCAUCUCCUUCUUCACAUGGUGGUAAACGAUCAACACCAACAACAAAUUCAAGUUCAUCAACAACAAUAAAUAGUGGUAGUAGUCCAAAUGUAACUGAUAUAGCAACAGGAGGAUCUGUUUCAACACGACCAACAACACCUAUGUCACAUGGAAAUAAAUCUAGUCGAACAUCAGUUGUAUCAACAUCAAGUACAUCAAUAACAAAUAUAAAAAAAGGUUCACGAACCGCAGGUGAACAGACAGAUUUAACUGUAAAUUCGAUUGGAUCAAAAAAGACUUCACCCUCUGAUACAUCAUCAAGUCGAAAAUGUUUAAUUAUGUAA